AUUCCCACUCUCCGAAUCCACACCAAUCCAUCCAACUCUUUUGCCUUCCGAUAUCCACACACAACAACCUCCAUAUAUAUCCACACGCAUAUUGUUAGCCUCCGCCAUAUUUACAUCAGCUAUACAUUAAUUUUCCCCUAAAAAAUGAAGCCUGUUUUCGCCACUCUCCUGCUUAUCUGCCUUGUCCUUAUCUCUUCUUUCUUUGAUGCUACAGUGGCUGGUUCAGAUUUCUGCGAUUCCAAAUGCUCGGAGAGAUGUAAGUUAGCAGGAGUAAAGGACAGGUGCGUGAAGUACUGCGGAAUUUGCUGCGAGAAAUGUCAGUGCGUUCCAUCUGGGACUUAUGGAAACAAGCACGAGUGCCCUUGUUACAGAGAUCUCAAGAACUCCAAGGGCAAGCCCAAAUGCCCUUGAGACCUACAUUUCUUUAAUAUUUUCAUUUCCAGACCUCCUUGCUUUUCUAGCGCUAGCUGCCUCUUCAUUUUCUUAUAUGGUCUGAGAGUCUUGGAUUGAAAAAGAAAAAUAUAUAUAUAUAUAUAUUAACAAAAGUUGAUAUUGUAUGCUAUAAAUGUUUGUUCUUUAUAUUAUAUGCGUAGAAUUUAUCCCAUAUAAGACGGAAUAUGUUAUAUUAUAUGUGUAGAAUUUAUCCCAUAUAAGAAGGAAUAUGAAUGGAAUAAAAUGGGGGUCCUCAGCUUGUCUUCCUUAUAAAA